CCUAUUUCUAAUGAUCAUCCUUCUUUCCAUUUCCCGUCCUCUUUCUUUCUUUGUUCCCCAUUUUGAUACUUACUCUUGAAAAUCAUGCUAAAGGUCCUCUCUCCCCCUCGGCCUCCUCUCCCUAAAGGGGACCGCUUUGCAUGGCAGCCCCCCACCAUCCACAGUACCUCCAAGGACUCCCUCUACCUGAGCUCACCAAAGCCUUACGUCCCCCUCAGCACCCUCAGCCAGCAGAGCCCCUCACGACCCCAACUUGUCUCCAUCUCCCUGGCAGCCAGAUCUGCUCCCAAAGGCACAGCGUCGCCUGGACCCUUGCUUCCUGGUCCCACGUUCCCCAGUGCUUCCUCCCAACCCCGGCACCACUGUGUGGCCACCAGGACAGUUUACAGUGAGAAUGUGAGCUCUAACCCACGUCAUGAGGCAGUUGGGAAUAAAAAGGUCAGCAGCUUAUAUGUACCUUGUUUAUCCAAUAACAUUUGCCGGGUGGCAGCGCAAAGCUCCUCUUGUGUUGCAUCUGACCCAGCCACGGGCACUCCCUUGGAAGCUGCAGGCGCUCGCGCACAGGCUCCCAGCCUUGUCUCCCACGCGGCCAGCACGGGAAAGCCACCCUCCACUCCUCCUGGCCCUCCCAAGCUAUUCUUUGACAUCCAUAAAGAUGCCGCUGUCCGGGGCGAGAGUCCUUCCCUGUGCCCUCGGCCUCCGUUCCCGGACGCGGUGAGACCACCUGUGCUAGGCCCCCAGCUUUCCUCUGCUCCCGAAAACCGGAAGAGAAAAGAACCUUACCUUUCGCAGCCGAGUUAUCCAGCCAAGGAUGCCACCCUCUCCAGUUCAGCCCAGCCUGAGAUCAUAGUUGUCCCUCUCUACCUGGUUAAUACUGACCGAGGGCAAGAAGGCACUACCAGACCUCCAGCAUCUCUGGGGCCUCUUGGCCCCCCAAGCCCGGCGACCGCCCCUGCCGGCUCACCUCUGACCUUCCCGACCCUAGAUGAUUUCAUUCCCCCUCGUCUGCAGAGGCGCCCCCACCACGGCCAGCCGGCCAGCACUUCUGGCCCGCGCCCCCCCGUUAGCCAGACACCACCAUCCUCACCACCUCCUCCGCUGGUCCCUCCGGUCCCGGAGGGCCUCUGCAGAGCCUCGGCGCCUGACCUCACGGGAGCUGUUUCAAGUACCGAUCCAAGUCCUCUACUAAAUGAAGUUUCUUCAUCCCAUGCUGGAACAGAUUCCCAGAUCUCUGCACCAGUUAGCAAGCCAUCAUCUGCCUACCCCUCUACGACAAUUGUCAAUCCUACUAUUGUGCUCUUGCAACACAAUCGAGAACAGCAGAAACGACUCAGUAGCCUUUCAGAUCCUGCCUCAGAAAGAAGAGUGGGAGAGCAGGACGUGGCACCAGCCCAGGAAAAACCCACCUCACCUGGAAGGGCUCCUGAAAAAAAGGCAAAGGAUGACAGCAGACGGGUGGUUAAGAGCGCUCAGGACCUAAGCGAUGUUUCCAUGGAUGAAGUGGGCAUCCCACUUCGGAACACCGAGCGAUCAAAAGACUGGUACAAGACCAUGUUUAAGCAGAUCCACAAGCUAAACAGAGACACUCCUGAAGAAAACCCUUAUUUCCCUACGUACCAAUUCCCUGAACUUCCUGAAAUCCAGCAAAAUUCUGAAGAGGACAAUCCCUACACUCCUACCUACCAGUUUCCAGCAUCUACUCCUAGUCCUAAAUCUGAAGAUGAUGAUUCAGAUCUGUACUCGCCUCGGUACUCCUUUUCUGAAGACACAAAAUCUCCCCUUUCUGUGCCUCGCUCAAAAAGUGAGAUGAGCUGCCUUGACAGUGAGAAGGUGGUUAAGCGGUCAGCCACACUUCCCCUCCCAGCCCGCUCUUCCUCGCUCAAGUCAAGCCCAGAAAGAAACGACUGGGAGCCCCCAGAUAAGAAAGUGGAUACAAGGAAAUACCGUGCAGAACCCAAAAGCAUUUACGACUAUCAGCCCGGCAAGUCUUCUGUUCUGACCAACGAAAAGAUGAGUCGGGAUAUAAGCCCAGAAGAGAUAGAUUUAAAGAAUGAACCUUGGUAUAAAUUCUUUUCGGAAUUGGAGUUUGGGAAACCGCCUCCCAAAAAGAUAUGGGAUUAUACUCCUGGAGACUGCUCUAUCCUUCCUAGAGAGGAUAGAAAGACUAAUCUAGAAAAAGAUCUCAACCUCUGCCCAGCAGAGUUAGAGGCAGAGUUAGAAAGCACGGAGACGCUUAAUAAAGCACCCGGGGCAGACUUGUCACAGAGCUCGACGGUCAGCCCCACUCCAGAAAUUUCUUCGGAGCUUCCUGGGUAUAUAUAUUCUUCCAACUUCCACACAGUGAAGAGGGAAUCAGAUGGGGCUCCCGGGGACCUUGCUAGUUUGGAGAAUGAGAGGCAGAUCUAUAAAAGCGUCCUAGAAGGUGGAGACAUCCCUCUCCAGGGCCUGAGUGGCCUCAAGCGACCCUCCAGUUCGGCCUCCACUAAAGAUUCAGAAUCACCAAGACAUUUUAUACCGGCUGAUUAUUUGGAAUCCACAGAGGAAUUUAUUCGAAGGCGUCAUGAUGAUAAAGAGAAACUUUUAGCGGACCAGAGACGACUUAAGCGUGAGCAAGAAGAGGCCGAUAUUGCAGCUCGUCGCCACACGGGCGUCAUUCCGACGCACCAUCAGUUUAUCACUAAUGAGCGCUUUGGGGACCUCCUCAAUAUAGACGAUACGGCAAAAAGGAAAUCUGGGUCAGAGAUGAGACCUGCCAGAGCCAAGUUUGACUUUAAAGCUCAGACCCUAAAGGAGCUUCCUCUGCAGAAGGGGGACAUUGUUUACAUCUAUAAGCAGAUUGAUCAGAACUGGUACGAAGGAGAGCAUCACGGCCGCGUGGGGAUCUUCCCGCGCACCUACAUCGAGCUUCUUCCUCCUGCUGAGAAGGCUCAGCCCAAGAAGUUGGCACCAGUGCAGGUUUUGGAAUACGGAGAAGCCAUUGCUAAGUUCAACUUUAAUGGUGAUACGCAAGUAGAAAUGUCCUUCAGAAAGGGCGAGCGGAUCGCACUGCUCCGACAGGUGGACGAGAACUGGUAUGAAGGGAGGAUCCCAGGCACGUCCCGGCAGGGCAUCUUCCCCAUCACCUACGUGGACGUGAUCAAGCGGCCACUGGUGAAAAACCCUGUGGAUUACAUCGACCUGCCUUUCUCCUCCUCCCCGAGUCGUAGUGCCACCGCAAGCCCACAGUCCCCCGGUCACAGCCAGCUCCUCAUGCCGGCCCCCUCAUCUCUGCCCCACCCCCACCGAGCCCUGUCCCCUGAGAUGCACGCCGUCACCUCUGAGUGGAUCUCGCUGACUGUAGGGGUCCCAGGCAGGCGGUCUCUGGCCCUGACCCCACCCUUGCCUCCUCUGCCGGAGACUUCAGUCUACAACACUGACUACCUGGCCUCGUGGGCCAGGCCCGGGCCCUCCCUGACUCUCAGCCUGCCCCGUUCGAGCUGGGCGGAUCGGUCCACCCCACGCUCCGUGGCGUCCCCACUGGCCCUGCCUCCCCCCCACAAAGCCUCAUCCCUGGUGCCCGGCGCCCCGGCCUCCCUUCACGUCAACGGGGACAGUGGUGUCCACGUGCCACCCUCAGGUGUCGGCCGGGACAGCUUCUCGCAGCCACUGCUGGGGAGCUCUGAUAGGGUCAUCUCCGAGCUCAGCGACGCCUUUAGCAGCCAGGGUAAGCGACAGCCAAGGCGAGAAGAGCGCGGACAGUGUGAGAGGAGAGCAGAGCGGGAGGCAGGUGACAGAUGCCCUGGAGCACCCAAGAUCUCUAAGAAGAGCUGCUUGCGACCGUCAGACGUGGUCAGGUGCCUGAGCGCGGAACAGAGACUCUCAGAUCUCCACGUGCCCGAGGAGAGCCGGCCCAGCCCGCCCCUGGGUAGCCCUUUUCCGGGAAGGGAGGCUGAGCAGACAGAGCCGCGUAGCGGUGGCGAGCAGGCUGAGAGGAGGGCUGCUGGGAGUGCUGGGAGCCAGCCUUCUCAUCAUUCAUUGAGAGCAGGACCUGAUCUCACAGAAUCUGAAAAGAGCUAUGUGGAAGCAGUUUGCAAUGAGAUCAUAAACAUUGCCGAAAAAUCUGUUCAUUACUGCAGCACUGUUUCUCAUCCCCUUGACUUUCAUCACAAGGUAUCCCCUUCUGACAAUAAAUCAUCUUUAAUCAUUUCUCAGCAACCUCAAGCCCAGCAGCGAAGAGUCAUCCCAGACAGGAGUCAAACCUCACAAGAUUUAUUUAGCUACCAAGCACUAUAUAGCUAUAUACCACAGAAUGAUGAUGAAUUGGAGCUCCGAGAUGGAGAUAUUGUUGAUGUCAUGGAAAAAUGUGAUGAUGGAUGGUUUGUUGGUACUUCAAGAAGGACAAGGCAAUUUGGUACUUUUCCAGGCAACUAUGUAAAGCCUUUGUAUCUAUAAGAAGAUUGAAAACCACAGAGAUUAUUUUUAUUGGAGGAUGAAGCAUAAUUCACGAACUGGUCUCUUUAUUUAAACAUUGAGUCAGUAGGAAAACUAACACAGUGGAUAAAGUAAGAAGCAGAAGAGAGGGACAGAGAAGUGUUGUGUCUGAAGCCUGAGCCCGUUUGAACUUACAGUGUCAGGCAGGCUGAACUGAGGAAAAAGGAAUGAGGCAAAUCUGUAUUUACUUAGCCGCUUCUGGGAGCCACUCCAAGCCUUCCUGGCCUCUCCCCCUCUUGGGUAAUCUGACCUGUAACAGAGGCCAGGAGCAGUGAGGUCAGAAAUGCUCUUAUUGCCAGAGCCUUGACCAGCUCUGGCUCCCAGGGGGUCAUUUAGCCUGAAGCAGCCCUCAGAGCGUCAGGCAGACCCCUACCCAUUCUCCAAAGGCUCCAUACCCCAGCCACCCCAGAACCCCAUUUCCAAACAUUGCUGGGAAUCAUCCUGGGCUGCCGGGGCCAUCCCUGGAUGGUGGCCCAGGCCCCCAGACUACCCCAGACCACGCCCCUCACUCCUGGGGUAUGUGAGGAAAUGGAGGCAGAGCAUAGGUGCCCUGUGCAUUCAGCCUGCAUGCAGCAUUGCUCUUGACGCCCUGGUGUUCAGACAGAAAAGCCCACGAGGUUUGCCCACGGGAGCGGAGUGCCCAGGUCAGAUAGUUGCAUUUGUAUGUCCAGGUAAUGGAGUUAAGAGGCUCUGUAGUUAUGGGGGUCACUCACAGUGUGCUCUUUUCCCAUAUCUCUGACUUUUGUAAGUGGUCACCUUCAGCACAGUUUCAUUUUGCAAAAUGCCACUGCUAACCUUUCUUUUCUGGCUUGUUUUUGGCCAGGGCAGUUUGGGGUUGAUGGGCCUAUUCUGACAGUACCAAGGGUGGCAUUUAGUGAAUCAUUUCACAUACACUGGAUGCUGGGACCACUGAUGGGCAGGACACGCCACACUUAGCAGACUCCCCGCAGUGGUUCAGGCACCACCCACAGUGCGGGAGCCCGGGGUCACCCUGAGGAGGCUUCUCUGCAGAGUGGGAAGUGCACGUGCCCUAGCCCUAACUGCGAGGCAGCGAUCGGCCACUCCCAGGACGUCACUACAUCUGAGGAAGGAGCCCCUGUGACACCCGGGGUGCUCAAGUCACAACUCCAUCCGAUUCAAGGGUGUUUCUCAGCCUCUCUGCUAGACCCUUGGGAGAAGUAGAGAAACAACCCACUCUCUUCCUCUGAUUGAAGAGGUAGACACCCACACAAACACUAAAUCAAGAGAGACUGUGAUAUGUGCAAAGAAGGGUACGAGAGAGGAGGAGAUUACCUUUCCCUGGAGAGACCCUAGAAAGCGUUGUUGUAUUUCGGUCUCCAUGAGCUCACUCUUGAACAGCUAGGCUGCUUAGAAGAACCUUCGUCUGAGAGUAGUUUAUGGCUGGAAAUUCUUGGAACUGUUCCCAGAGUUUUCAAACUCUCAUCCUCCUCACAAAUACACAUCCAAGGUUACCAAUAGGAGUAGCAAUUCUAGGUGGUAGAGUGUAUACAGGAAUCCUGGGUCUCUGUGUGUAGCUCAGAAUUGCCCCAGGACCAUUGUCCCAAAACCUGGAGUCUUUACAAGUAGGCAGAGCCUCUGCCUCAGCUUCUGUCUCUGACAGUCCUCUACCCCAUCCACCCCUCUACCCCUACCAGAGAGCCUCAUUCUCUUCCUGUCCUUUCUAAUCCUGGCCUCAGGAAAGAACCUGCCACUGACUUCUUCACACUAGAGUGUAAAUGACCGAUACGAGGAAUGUGUUACUUCUUCCUGGAAACAUCUGUUUUUAGCUAGGACAGAGCAGAGCCUUAACCCCAGGGAAUGAGGCAGUGGUGGUAGGGGGUGGGGGUGGGGAUUGGGUGGAGGAGCUUCCUGGGUAGAAAGAGCCUUUUUGAUAUUCUUUAACACUCAUUGCUUUGGGAGGUCCACUUCACCACCCAAGGGCACUGUCUGACUCUCCCUGAGGGACUAUAGUACAAGUGCAUAUGCACGUGGGUUUUGCACAGCAGCAUUUCACUCAUAUUUGGAAUGUAAUCCUUGUAUUGGCUAAUGUGUUCCUGGUGUUUCUUAGAUGCCAACCAUUAAUAACAAUCUUAUUCUAAUAGUUUUUUGAGGGGUGCUUCGUAAGUAGGUAAUUUUGAACACCUCUUUCAAUACAGCUAGAAAAUAAAACCAAUUUGUAAAGCUGCAUUUGCAUAUGAUGCCAGCCCCACGCAUCUGUAUGUAUCUCUUCAGAAGCCCAGGUAUGCCUCACCAAUUUGCCCGUCUUUAAUAAAAUCAUGUUAAAAUUUGCAUCAAACUUCAGCUUCCUAUGUAUGACAGAACAAGGAACAGUUUCCAAUUGCUCUUUUGUCCUCAGACAUUUAGUAAUAUAAAAUACCUAUUUUUAUGCUGAAAUAUUUAUACACGUUUAUUAAUAGCAAAUGCAACUAACUGGCGCCAUGCCUUGCAACACAUUUUGAUACAGUAGCCAUGCUUCUGGGUAAAGGCAAGCCCCCAACUACUUACCUUUUGCAGUCUCUCUGGGAUCAGUAAAAGAAAAAAAUCAUAUGCAUAAGAAGUAGGACUGUAAAUAUGUAUAUUUAAUUUUGUAUAGCCCAUGUACCUACUUUGUAUAGAAAAAUAAUUUUAAAAAUUUGAACUGAAGGGGGGUAAAAUAAGGAAGUCAUGAAGUUUUUUGCAUUUUUAUUUAAAUGAAGGAAUUCCAAAUAACUCACCUGCAGAUUUUUAGCACAAAAAUAGCCAUUGUAAAGUGUUAAGAUUUUAAAUAAUCAUUCUUUCUGGGAGAGAAGGUAAUUGUGAUCUCCGUUACAGGGUUCUUAUUUUGUUUGGGGGGUUUUUUUGUUUUUGUUUUUGUUUUUGUUUUUGGCUGUCCUAUUUAUCUACAGCAGUAUUAAGUUCUUUUGCUAGAAUAAGUUACUACAAAGAAGAUUAUAUUCUGAGAGAAAAAUAACUGACUUUAUAUAUAACCAAUUAAUUAAUUAAUUAAAGUGUUGCCAUUUCCACACAAAGAGCAUGUACUCUGCAGACACAGAUUUUUCCGUUCAUUUAUUUUUCUUUAUUGCGGUGGAUUGAUUUGAUAAAUGGAUGUGUUGAAUUACUACAUUUGCUGUACAUACUAUUUAAUAAACUUUAUUCAGAAUUGCGUGGCA